ACAGUAUGCUCUCUAAUGAUAGUGUAAGGCAUAAAAAGCAAUUCUUGGCCCCCAGAGGGAAAAAUAUUGCUCUUGGAUCUCCAUUUUAAAAGAAAGCAUUCCCACUGGAUUUUGGUGGGUGCUCUUCAGUUUUGAGCAGCUAGAAUCGUCACCACCUUUCACCCCUCAAAGGACGGCAAUGUUGCAACUUCACUGGGUUUAUUAUAGGUUUUGGUCAGACUUUUGGCCCCUGAGCUGGUUUGGCUCCUCACAUGGGACAUUCCUGCCGCGCAGCCCCUCCCUGGAAGUCCCUCACUGCGCAGACUCGCGGCUCUCCGCUGUCAGGGCAAGGCAGACUGACAGUAUGGCGGCGGGGUGCAGCUGGAAGGAUGCUACAGUCGCCCGUGAUGUAUCAAUCGCCGGCAGGACGUAAAUGGACUAUUGACGGCAGAAAGAGAAGAGGAAUUAGCGAGAAAGGCCUGUCGCCGUGAGCUCCAAAGAUGGCCAGGCUCGCCGACUACUUUGUAGUGGUCGGUUACGACCUCGACAAGCGAGUGGAGGGUGAAGGUCAAGGUCGCAUUCUCCAGCGGUUUCCUGAGAAAGACUGGGAGGACAGCCCGUUCCCACAAGGCGUAGAGCUGUUCUGUCAGCCCAGCGGUUGGCAGCUGGUUCCUGAGCGGCAGCCUGCCUCCUUCUUCGUAGCGGUUUUGACUGACAUCAGCUCGGACCGUCACUACUGUGCCUGCUUCACCUUCUGGGAGGGUCUGGACAACCCGCAGCGGCAGAAGGCGGAGGCCAGCGAGGUGGACGAGGUAGAUGAGGAGCUCGCCGUCGUCCAACAGGCUCAGGUCUUCGCCCCCAAGAGCCUGGUGCUGGUGUCCCGGCUGGACUACACCGAGGUGUUCAGGAACUGUCUGGGUUUGAUCUACACCGUCCAUGUAGAUGGCCUGUCUGUCCCCUUGGAAACGGUGAUUGGAAAUCUCCUCACAUGUGUCAUCCCCAUCGCUGGAGGCUCCCAGCCGGGCCAGGAGGAGAGAGAGGAGAGUUUGCGGACAAUAACAUUAGGCGCUGGCGAUCGGCAAGUUAUCCAGACACCCAUCAACGACUCGCUACCUGUCAGCGGCAGCAGUGUGGCUCAGCUCUUCAGACAGCUUGGUAUAAUCAACGUGCUGUAUCUGUUCUGUGCUGCUCUGACGGAACAUAAGAUCCUGUUCCUGUCCAGCAGCUACCAGCGAUUAACGGACGCCUGCCGGGGGCUGCUGGCCAUCAUGUUCCCCCUCAAAUACAGCUUCACAUAUGUCCCCAUCCUGCCGGGAAAACUCCUGGAGGUCCUGAGCACUCCCACUCCCUUCAUCAUCGGCGUCAACUCCUUCUUCCGCUCUGAGACACAAGAACUGUUGGAUGUGAUCAUCGCUGACCUGGACGGCGGUACAGUCACCAUCCCGGAGUGCGUCCACAUCUCCCUGCUGCCUGAACCGGUCCUCCAGCAGACCCAGACCGCGCUCUCCAUGGUUUUGGAUCCAGAGCUGGAAAUUGCUGAUCAUGCCUUCCCCCCACUGUCCACGCAACCCUCCGCACUCAAGAUCCAGGAUAAGGAGAUCCGGGCUGUCUUCCUGUGGCUGUUCGCUCGGCUCUUCCAGGGCUAUCGUUGGUGUUUACACAUCAUCCGCAUUCACCCCGAACCAGUCAUCCGCUUCCAUAAGGCUGCCUUUCUGGGCCAGAGGGCGCUGACAGAGGACGACUUCCUCAUGAAGGUGCUGGACGGCAUGGCGUUCGCAGGCUUUGUGUCAGAGAGAGGGCCCCCCUACAGAGCCACUGAUCUGUUUGAUGACCUGGUAGCCAAUCAGGUGGAACGGAUACGACAAGAGGAGACCUGUCCGCAGAAAGUUAUGAACCAUGUUAAGGAGCUGGCUGAGCUGCUCUUCAAAAACGAGAACCCUUACCCAGCUGUGGCCAUGCACAAAGUCCAGCGGCCGUCAGAGAACAGCCAGAACACCGCGCAGAGUCAGUCACCCUUCCCUGUGCUGGACGAGGUUGCGGUGCAGCUCUUCAUCGACCACGCCGCCGCCAAGCUCAAGACCGCACCGCCUGUGGUCAAGGCAGAGCUCAAGGGCAUGGUGCCGUCCGGGCCCCCGCUGGGAGAUUUUGUGGACAGGAACGGCAACGUGAUGGCUAACAGCGCCCGCAGGCUGGAGGUGGUCAGGAACUGCAUCACAUACAUCUUUGAGAACAAGAUGCUGGAGGCCAAGAAGCUGAUGCCGGCUGUACUGCGGGCUCUGAAGGGUCGAGCAGCUCGGGUUUGUUUGACCCAGGAGCUUAAUCAGCACGUCCUACAGAACCGAGCGGUGCUGGACGACCAGCAGUUUGACUACAUUGUCCGCAUGAUGAACUGCACCUUACAGGACUGCUCGCAUAUGGAUGAACAUGGGAUUGCCGCUGCCCUGCUCCCAUUGGUCACAGCCUUCUGCAGAAAACUGGGGGCAGGCAUCACUCAGUUUGCCUACAGCUGCGUACAGGAGCACAUGGUCUGGACCAACAUGCAGUUCUGGGAGGCUAUGUUCUACAGCGACGUGCAGAACCACAUCAGGGCUCUGUACCUAGAGACAGAGGACGGAGAUCAGCAGAACAACUCGGAGCAGCAGGACGGAUCAGGCAGCGGGCGGGAAAUCGGCGCCCUGGAGCUGGCAUCGGAGCAAAACAGGAUGUGGCCGACGCUCAGCAAAGAAAUGCAAACGGAGCGCGUGCAGAAGGAAGAGAGCACGGUGUUCAGCCAGGCCAUCCACUACGCCAACAGGAUGAGCUACCUGCUGCUGCCGCUGGACACCAGCAAGAACCGCCUGCUGAGGAGCACUGGCCUCGGAGACGUGGAGAGCGUCAGCAACAGCUACGUCACGAACAGUAUUGCAGGCAGCAUGGCGGAGAGCUACGACACAGAGAGCGGCUUCGAAGAUGCUGAGAGCUCAGACGUAGCCAACUCAGUGGUGCGCUUCAUCAACCGCUUCGUAGAUAAAGUGUGCAACGAGAGCGGCGUGACCAACGAGCACCUAAAGGCUCUCCACACCAUGAUACCAGAUAUCGUUCAGAUGCACAUCGAGACGUUAGACGCAGUCCACAGGGAGAGUAAGCGACUGCCGCCGAUCCAAAAGCCCAAGCUGCUGAGGCCGACCUUGUUGCCGGGGGAGGAGCUAGUAAUGGACGCCAUGAGGGUCCACCUCAUCUCAGACGGGCGCGAGGAGGCCACGGGUCUGAUGGGAGGUCCUCCUCUGCUUCCCGCCGAGGGAGCCAUCUUCCUCACCACCUACCGGCUCAUCUUCAAGGGCACGCCCACCGACCCGCUGGUGGGUGAGCAGGUGGUGACUCGCUCCUUCCCCAUCGCCUCUCUGACCAAGGAGAAGAGGAUCUCCGUCAGUCUACCCAUGGACCAGUUUGUCCAGGAGGGGCUGCAGUUACGAUCCUGCACCUUCCAGCUGAUGAAGAUCGCGUUCGACGAGGAGGUGGCAUCGGACCUGGCCGAGGUUUUCAGGAAGCACAUGCACAAGCUGCGUUAUCCUCAGCACGUCCAGGGUACCUUCGCCUUCACCGUGGGUCAGUGCGGCAAACUGGUGGUGGAGCACAAGACAAAGGACAAGAACCAGUCACUCAAGACACUUUCCAAAAACCUGGUGAAGAGUGCCAAGAAGACCAUCGGCCGGCAGUACGUGACCAGGAAGAAAUAUUCUCCUCCUACCUGGGAGAACCGGAGCAGCUUCCAGUCGGAGCUAGAUGAAGAUGAAAUCUCAGUCUCAGAGGAGGUGGACCAGAGCUCCCUCACCCUCUCCUCCACCAUACGCUCCUCGGACAGACAAACCAUGAGCAACGUAGUGGAGCGAGCCUGUUGCCGCGACUACCAGCGCCUGGGACUGGGCACGCUCAGUAACAGCCUGACUCGCUCCAAGAACGAGCCCUUCAGGAUUUCAACUGUUAACCGCAUGUACACGGUCUGCAGGAGCUACCCCGGCCUGCUGAUCGUCCCACAGAGCAUCCCAGACACCACCAUCCAGAGAAUCUGCCGCUGCUACCGGCAGAACCGCUUCCCUGUGGUUUGCUGGAGGAAUUCACGAACCAAGGCUGUCCUGCUGCGCUCCGCAGGCCUACACGCCAAGGGGGUAGUGGGCUUCUUCAAGUCCCCCAACGCCCCCACUUCAGUGCCCUCCCAGGCAGACUCCACCAGUCUGGAGCAGGAGAAAUACCUGCAGGCCAUCAUCAGCUCCAUGCCCUCCUACAGCGAGAGCAGCGGCAGGAACACACUCAGCGGCUUCACCUCCACACAUAUGAGCACCUCCGACUCGUCAGAUAAGCUGAGGCAGCCAAAGAUCGGCGCUCUGAUGAAGCAGGUGAUGGGCAGCAAGGAGGACGUUCCCGGAACCUUCAGCAGAGGAGCUCUGGGUCAAAGGGCGAAAGUCAUCUCCCUCUCUCAGCCCAAAGUGUCUGGCAAGGCCAGGAACCCUACUAGAGGUAAAUGGGGCAGUAUCCGGGGCAGCGGGCGUCUAAGUGCCUACAACCCAGACGUGGGGACGCGUCUCGCGGGGAAAGAGUCUCCGCAGCCCAACGGAGGGCCGAGCGAGGCGCUGUUCCUCCGCCAGCAGAAGGCCUACCUCUACAUCAUCGGAGACAAGGCCCAGCUCAAGGGAGGGAAGCAGGACUCGUUCCAGCAGUGGGAGGUGGUUCCCAUCGAGGUGUGUGACGUGCGGCAGGUAAAGAACAGCUUCAAGAAGCUGAUGAAGGCCUGCGUACCGAGCAGCACCACCACCGAUCCCAACAUGAGCUUCCUGCGCUGCCUGGAGGAGUCCGAGUGGAUGAGCCUGCUCCACAGGGUGCUGCAGGUGUCGGUCCUGGUGGUGGAGCUUCUGGAAGCGGGCUCGUCGGUCAUGGUCAGCCUGGAGGACGGCUGGGACGUCACCACACAGGUGGUGUCCUUGGUGCAGCUGUUGUCUGAUCCGUACUACCGAACCUUCGACGGUUUCCGGCUGCUUGUGGAGAAGGAGUGGCUGUCAUUUGGACACAGAUUCAGCCACCGUGGAGCGCAGACGCUGGCCAGCCAGAGCAGCGGCUUCACCCCCAUCUUCCUGCAGUUCCUGGACUGUGUGCACCAGAUACAUCUCCAGUUCCCCAUGGAGUUUGAGUUCAGUCAGUACUACCUGAAGUUCUUGGCCUACCACUACGUGUCCAACCGCUUCCGCACCUUCCUGCUCGACUCAGACUACGAACGCAUCGAGCUGGGAGUGCUGUAUGAGGAGAAAGGCGAGAGGAAAAGCCCUCAGGUGUGCAAGUCUGUGUGGGACUACAUCGACAGACUCAACAAGAAAACACCCAUCUUCUACAACUACAUGUUCUCUCCUGAAGACGAGGAGGUGCUGCGGCCGUACACCUUCAUCUCCAACCUGAAGGUGUGGGACUUCUACAUGGAGGAGACGCUGUCGGAGGGGCCGUCCUACGACUGGGAGCUGAGGGGCCGGCAGGAGCGCGUGACGGAGGAGACGCCAGAGAAACCCGACACCAGCGGCCCCAAGUCGCAGCGGCGCAUCGUGUGGCCGUGCUACGACAGCCUGAGCAAGGUGGUGCCCGACGCCAUCACCAAGCUGCUGCAGGACCUGCAGAGUCUGGAGGCCGAGCUCGGCCAGACGUCGGAGAAGUGGAAGGACACGUGGGACAAGAUGAAGGCCACGCAGCGGACCGAGACCAAACUGGAGAGCAAGCCGUCGUUCUCCAGCUCCCUGCUGAUGUCAUCCAACCUGAGCCACCAGCGGCGUUCUCAGGGCGUUUACCUGCAGGAGAGCGGCGUGGGAUCCUCCAUCAACCUGGCUCUGGACUGCGAGGCCAGCGCCACCUCCACGCCUGUCGCCGGUCGGCCGAGUACCAGCACGCUGUACAGCCAGUUCCAGAGCAGCGAGAGCGAGAACAGGAGUUUUGAAGGCAUCUUAUACAAGAAAGGGGCGUUGUUGAAACCAUGGAAACCGCGGUGGUUUGUGCUGGACAAGACCAAACAUCAGCUGAGAUACUACGAGAGCAGGCAGGACAAGGAGUGUAAAGGGGUGAUCGAGCUGGCCGACGUGGAGUCCGUCAUUCCAGGAGCGCCUGCCAUGGGAGCUCCCAAAAACAUAGAAGAGAAAGCCUUCUUUGAUCUCAAGACGACCAAACGAGUGUACAACUUCUGUGCCCAGGACAGCCUGAACGCACAGCUGUGGAUGGACAGUGUUCAGAGCUGCCUGUCAGACGCCUAAGACAGGAUGCGGGACUCUUUUAAAGGAGCAAUGCAAACCAGGAACGAAUGAGCAGUGACGGACAUCUCUGCCGGCCAAUCCCAGCAGAACAGGGAGGGGGAAGGGGCCUUUCACCACUUAAGCUCUGUUCUGUUCGCUAGUGUUGAACUAAUACUCUUGCGUCACAACGUUUCAGUGUUUUUGUUACAAAAAUAAGAAAAAGAAAAAAAAAACCAAAACAAAAAAAAAAACACAGAUGUCCCUGAAGAACCACCCGCUGUUGUCUCACCAAGUAGCUGCAGCCUCUCACCUCCUCGACAGUCUGACCACUAUGUGCGCUGGAUGGAAAAAAAAAAACAUAUUAAAAGCACGUCGUUGCAUUUUUUCUGAGACGUCCUGCAGCUCAGACCAGCAUGAAGAUCUUUCCAGACCCUCCACCUGUAAACCACAACCUGCUCUCCCUCCUGCUUAACCCUGCUCGCCAUGUGAAACACUCCGGGGGAGGAAUGACGGAGGAGCUGCAGCCUGCCCAGCCACGUCGGAGGACUCGUUUAGACCGCUACGGAAACGGAUCUAAAAGAUCGGAUUUUUUUUUGAUGGGUUGACGGACCAAAACAACCCAGAGGAACGCAGCAAACGCUCCUUCCUUCCUUCCAGUCUCAAGAGGUCUUGGCUUUUUGCCUCUCACUGCCUGACGUAGCCCAUUCGCAGUAUAUUUAGAGGAAGUUUUAGGGGGAAGUGCGUUGCAGCACACGCAACAAGGUGAGGGAAGGUGGGGUGGGGGGGCUCCUCAACGGUUCAUGAAGGAUUUCCUUUUCUUUUAUCUUUUCCAAAUAAAAUCUCAAACUAGCACCAGAAAGAGAUCAAUGUUCAUCAUCUGUCGUCAGAAAGCAGCAGGCGAUGAGGAUAUACUGUGAAAGCCAUGAAUCAGUCGUAGAGAUCAAAGAGCGCCAGUCGGAGAUUACAGUCUGUCAGGUUAUCGAGUGUGUCGGUGAAUCUUCACUGAGAGUGUUUACAAAAGUAGAUGAAACUUCCCUCACUAAGCUAAACUCUGCUCUUCACCUGCGUGUUUUGAAUCAAGACAAACCACUAUUAACAUUCAGAAUUUUUUUUUUUUUAAGGGAUGCUGAAGGAAAAAGGAGGGAUAUAUUUUGUUGUGAUGUCUUAAAAAUUAUCUAUAGAAGGAGAUCUGGAAGUUAGGAGAUUAAGAGGAGGGAUACUAACGAACUGUACUGGUAUUAUGGGAUGCCUCGGAGAGACUACGGUGUUGAGAGAGAUGGACACUGAGUCGCUGCGGUGCGCCGAGAGUCGUGAACAGGAUAAGUGUGUAUUUUUUUCACUCUGGUUCUGACUUUGCGCUCGUCGCCUCUGUCGUGGAGGUUUGGGAAACUCAAGGAAAGCAACCAAGCCUCUUAAAAGUUACAUUUUACAUAAAUUAUUUUAAAUGCUGGUUAGCAAACUACCUAGUCAUCUGCAGUAUUUAAGUUAUCGCUUCUGGAAUCAUAAGGCAAGAUUCCGCUUCAACGGAGGUAAACAGACAUGUACUGAAAGGCUCUUUCCGUUAAUUUUGGAGGUGAAACACAGUCUUGAGCAGAACAAUGUCGGUCACUCUUUCACGGACAGGUCUAGAUUUUCACACUGUUGUGGUCCCGUUUUCAGCAGUUUGACCGCAGCAACCUCCGUUUCUUAUGUUACGUUGUUUUGCUGGAGUUUCCCGAACUUCUACAAACAGAUGUGGCGAGUGUGAAGUUAGCACGGACCCAUCAGUCAGAACCAAUAGAAUUAUGAGAAUGGGACUGUAGAAGGUUGAAAAAUACUGGAAUUAUCCUUUUUACUGAUGUUGGGACGGGGAAUGUCACUCAAACGUCUGUGAGCGCUGGUCAGGUUAACACUCAUAUACAUACAUGACAUUAUCCAUUUGUACUGAGUGUCUCGGGAUCUGAAUCUGAUGCUGUUUAGACUCACUGUACCUGUUUUCAGCUGCAUCCACUCGUGUCGACACCAGUGUUUAACGUUAGCGCCUGUUGUACAUAGACGAGUCUACAUCUGUUAGAGUUCUAGAGAAACAGUAUGUUCAGCUGGAAGGUUUCAAACAUCGUCACUUUUUUUUUUUUUUUUAAGGUUUUAUCAGACUGCCCCCCCCCCCCCUUCCCCCUCCCCACACAAAACCACUCUGACCCACACUUAACACAAACCCUGCUCUGUAAAAUAUGGUUAUACUGCUGUCUUUGUUGAAGAUAAAAUUUAAAAUUGUA